AUGGCGUGGAUGCUGAACCACGGUGAUGGUCGAUCAUUAUUCUUGAUCGAUGAAUUCGGAAAAGGAACUGCUGAGCUUGACGGGAUAGCUCUACUGAGCUCUAUAGUCAGCCACUUAGCCACAAAGAGCUUCACGCGUGGAAGACCACGCGUUAUCUUGACGACCCAUUUCCUGGAAAUAUUUCGCAACAACCUACUUGAGCCUUCUCUCGUGACCAGCGAAUUGCCUGUACAAGAAGCUGAAGAACAAUCGGAAAGAACAGAGGGAACCGCACGUGUAGUUUGCACUGUGAUGGCGUCAACGGACGCAUCAGAAUCGACUUCAGGAACGUCAAACUCGGAGCCGCUAUAUGAGUUGCGUCACGGUAUCUCGGGCCAUAGCAAUGCCCUGAAAUGUGCUGCGAAAUGUGGAAUUCCUGAGGAGUUAGUCGAACGAGCUCAAGCCGUCUUGGACUGUACCAAGCGCGGAUUUCCCAUUUCGUCUCGACGACAGCCAUCAGGACCAAGCCCCGAGGAACAGUUGUCGGCGUUCUUUACGUCAAUAGACGACUGGCAGACGGUGGAUGACGAUGUGGUAACAAAAUUCUUGGCGAUGGCUCGUAUGGGGACACAGUGA